AGUCAUUUCCCCUCUUUACAACUGGUGAGAAACCAGCUCCUGCAUUUCUUCCUUGUUCCGAGAUCUGGGAGAAAUUGCACUGGAGAAAGACCAGCAGGGAGCGGAGAAAUCUGUGUCGUCAUUUGGAGACAUCCCGAUUGGCUGACACAGGUGGGCAACCUACGAUACGGGCUUGGCCCAAGAAAACAGCCCCGGAGGGUUCCCCCCAAAUUUCCCUCUCUCCCAGAGUUUUGCAUCUUUGAUGGAGAAUUUGAUCGUGGAUUUGGAGGUGAACAUGUCUGUGGAGGAACGGGCAGGGGUGCUCCCUCUUUUGGUGAAGGAAGAGGAGAAUCUAGAGGCCUUCAGGCUGUGCUCAGAGAUGGAGGGAUCUAAAGCCCCCAAGAUCGUACAUGUCGGGAGCAUUGGGGAGCUGAAGGCAAUCAGCACACCGUAUAUUAAAAUGGAACCAGAAGAAGGGGAGCAGCAGCUCUGGGAAGUCCAGUGGCAGGAAUUCUUGGGCUCACUGCAGCCCCUUCAGUCAGGGUGUGGGACCCCACUGAUCUCUGAAGAGUCUGCGCCCUGGGAUGAUGCUAAGGCUUUCCUGGCCUCCUUUGAGCAAGUUGCAAGGGCGUGUCGAUGGCCUCAAGAAAAGUGGGUGACCUUCCUUCUGCCAGCCCUCAGUGGAGAAGCCGAGCAGGCCUUCAGCAGCCUCAGUGUCCGAGACAUAGAGGAUUAUGGGAAGGUGAAGGCAGCCAUCUUGCAAGCUGCGGCCAUUGCGAGGGAGAAGCGGCGCCAGGAGUUCAGGCAGCUCUGCUACCAAGAAGCAGAGGGGCCAAGAGCCGUUUACGCUAGACUUCAUCAACUUUGCCGCCAGUGGCUGAAGGCGGAGAGGCACUCAAAGGAGGAGAUCUUGGAGCAGCUGAUCCUGGAGCAGUUUCUAACUGUGCUGCCCCAGGAGAUGCAGAGCUGGGUUAGGAGAUGUGGCCCAGAGACCUGCGUCCAGGCAGUGGCCCUGGCAGAAGAAUUUCUGUUGAAGCAGAAAGAAGUUGUUAGGUUGAAAGAGGAGGCACCAGAUUCUUGGGAGGGGGUGGCUGUGACUCCUGUCGAGGGGGACGAGAUCCCACCGCCAGAUACAUGGAUUGACGUGGAUGCAACUUCGGACUGGGAUGGACCUGAGAAGUCCACAGGUGCUGAUGAGGUGCUUGGGAGCCAAAUGGAUAAUAUACAUCAAACUGACUCUGAGCAGGUUGCCCCAGAUGAAGAAUUGCCGAAAACAGACAGCCCCAACCCAUGUUGCAAGGAGGGAACAGAGUUUGGAAGUCAGGAGGGACCAGAGGGUGAGCAGAGACCUGAACCAGGGAAGAGCAUGGAUGCACCUAUUCUCAUUGGUGAAGGUGAUUUUAAUCAGGAAGAUACCAAGGAUAGCCUAAAACUCCACAUUUGUCAGUGUGGAAAAAGUUUCAGAAGAAGCUCCGAUCUUAGAGUUCAUGAGAGAACUCACACUGACGAAAAGCCAUAUAAAUGUUCAGUAUGUGGUAAAGGAUUCCGCCAGAAGGGAAACCUUUCAACGCAUGAAAAAAUUCACACUGGGGAGAAACCACACAAAUGUUCCAUUUGCGAGAAAAGUUUUGCUAGCGGCUCCAACCUUAUUGCGCAUGAGCGAAUUCACGCUGGAGACAAACCGUUUCGGUGUUCUGUAUGCGGGAAGAGCUUUGCUAGUGGCUCCAACCUUAUUGUACACGAGCGGAUUCAUACAGGAGAGAAACCUUACAAGUGUUCAAAAUGUGGGAAACGCUUCCAUCAGAAGGGAAAUCUGAGAACACAUGAAAAAAUCCACACUGGCGAGAAACCGCAUCAGUGUUCCGUGUGCCAGAAAUGUUUUGCAAGCGUCUCUAAUCUUAUUGCACAUGAGAGAAUUCAUGCUGGAGAGAGACCAUAUGAAUGUUCAGUGUGUCUAAAAAGUUUUGGCUCUGGCUCCAACCUUAUUGCGCAUCAGCGAAUUCAUGCUGGAGAGAAACCUUACAAGUGUUCAAAGUGCGGGAAAAGUUUCCAUCAGAAGGGAAAUCUGAGAACACAUGAAAAAAUCCACACCGGAGAGAAGCCCCAUCAAUGUUCCAUAUGUGAGAAAAGUUUUGCAAGCGGUUCAAACCUCAUUGCACACGAGAGAAUUCAUGCUGGAGAUAAACCAUAUCAAUGCUCGGUGUGUCAGAAGAGAUUUAGUACCGGUUCCAACCUUAUUUCACACGAGAGAAUUCACACUGGAGAGAAACCAUAUAAUUGCUCCAAAUGUGGGAAAAGUUUCCGUCAGAAAGGAACACUUACAGCACACGAAAAAAUUCACAUUGGAAGAGAUUUCUACUUUAACUGCCUAAUGGAGAACGAGUGUGUGGAGGUAGAGGUGAACAUGUCUGUAGAGGACAGGGCCACCAAAGUCCCACAGCAGGUGAAGGAAGAAGAGAACACAGACUCUUUCAAGUUGGGUUCACAGGUUCAGGGAACAAAAGUCCCACAGAUUCUACAUGUGGGGAGUAUCAGGGAGUUGGAGACUGCAAUAUCCCCACACCUCGUAAAAAAGGAACUGGAUGAAGGGAUGCAGCAGCACUGGGAGGCCCAGUGGCAGGAGUUUCUGGGAGCCCUACAGGCCCCUCACACAGAAUGGGGUAACACACAGAUGUGUGAGGAGCCCACACUGUGGGAAGAUGCCAAGGCUUUCCUGGCCUCCUUUGAGCAAGUUGCGUUGACAUGCCGCUGGCCUCAAGACAAGUGGGCGACCCUCCUUCUGCCCGCCCUCAGCAGAGAUGCCAGAGAGGCCUUCAGCGACCUCAGUGUCCGGGACAGAGAGGAUUAUGGGAAGGUGAAAGCCACCAUCUUGCAAAGAGAGGCUGUCAUGAGGGAGAGGCGUCGUCAAUACUUCAGGCAGUUCUGCUACCAGGAAGUGGAGGGGCCGAGGGCAGUUUAUGGGAGACUCCAGCAGCUUUGCCAUCAGUGGCUGAAAGCUGAAAGACACACGAAGGAGGAGAUUUUGGAGCUGCUGAUCUUGGAGCAGUUCCUGACUGUCCUGCCCCAGGAGAUGCAGAGCUGGGUCCGGGAACGUGGCCCUGAAACCUGCAUCCAGGCCGUGGCUCUGGCAGAAGAUUUCCUCUUGAAGAAGAAUGAGGCUACGAGACCAAAAGAGCAGAUGCCAGAACCCUUGUCUGAAGAAGGCGCCACUCCUUCCAAGGGGCGCAAGAGUCCACCACCAGAUACUUGGGACCUUGCUGUGGAAGUCAAACAGGAGUGGGAAGGAGAAGAAUGGAUGCUGGGUAGGAAAACUCACGGCAAUGGGCCAAUGCGUGUGAUCCAAGUGGACAAUCUUCAUCAGGGUGUUCUCCAGCAAGGAGCCCCAGAGGGAAUGUCACUGGGAAGUAACAGCACAUUUCAAUAUUGUGAUGAAAAAACAGGAGUUGGGAAUAGGAUGGAACCAGGUAGGAAGCAGAGAACCACACUGGAAAAGAAAAUGGAUGAACCUGUUCUGAAGGGCAGCCAGGAAGAAACCAAGCGCGUCAAAAAUACCCAACGCUGUGCCUAUGGGGAGACCACUGGAAGUAUUUUAGAUCUUCAAACACAUGAGAGAGUACGCUCUGGAGAGAAAGCAGAGAAGUAUUCAGAAUGUAGAAAAAAGUUCAGUGGUACUGGUGAACUGAGGAGCCCGGAACGAAGUAGCACAGGAGAAAAACCAUUCCAGUGUUCGACAUGUCAGAAGAGUUUUGCUAGCGGUUCCAACCUGAUUGCACACGAGAGAAUCCACACUGGAGAGAAACCUUUCAAGUGUUUAAAGUGUGGGAAAAUUUUCCGUCAAAAAGGAACCCUAUCAACACAUGAAAAAAUUCAUAUUGGGGAGAAGCCAUAUAAGUGUUUGCAGUGUGGGAAGAGUUUCCACCAGAAGGGAAACCUUACGACACAUGAAAAGAUCCAUGUCGAAGAGAAACCAUUUCAAUGCUCGAUGUGUCAGAAGAGUUUUGCAAGCGGCUCUAACCUGAUCGCGCAUGAAAGGAUUCACACGGGAGAGAAACCCUACGCGUGUUCAAAGUGUGGGAAAACUUUCCGUCAGAAGGGAACCCUUUCCACUCACGAAAAAAUUCACAUUGGCGACAAACCGUACAAGUGUUCUCAGUGUGGGAAAGGUUUCCGUAGCUCUACUGAACUAACCGUUCAUGAAAGGAUCCACACGGGAGAGAAACCAUAUAAAUGUUCGGUAUGUCAAAAAAGCUUCAGCGAUGGCUCCAAUCUCAUUACGCACCAAAGGAUUCAUACAGGGAAGAAACCUUAUAAGUGUCCGCUGUGUGGGAAAUGUUUCUGCCAGAGAUCAGGCCUAAUGACACAUGAGCGUGUUCACACGGGACAAAAAAGGCGCUCGGCAAGUCAGAAGGGUUCUUCUGUUAGCUCUGGUGUUGUGCUUCAGUAUACAAACCCUUCAGGGGAAUCCAGUGCAAGCUCUGAUUGUGAAAAAGCUUCUGUCAGCACUCAAAAUGCAGGGCACAUGAAAAUUGAUGUAUCUUAUAACCUAGAAGAGCAACCAUAUGCAGAUACAGGUCAGGGGUCACUUGAGGUUGUUGCAGUCUGUCAGCUGAGAGAAUCUAAGAUGGAGGAAAGUCAACCUCGCUGUUGAGUCUAGCCUAGGGUCUUGGAUCUGUUUCCUAAAAUUCUCUUGUGUCUGUUUUCUCAUUUGCUGAGUUGAAGAAUGAGACAGAAAUAGGGCUAGCAGGCCUUCUGCUAUGGUGGAGGGCCUUCAAACCAGCAUCUCUAGUGGUUUCCUACUGCUCUGAGCAUCAGUGGGAAGGGGAAAAGGGGCAACAUUGACAGCAUCGCUCUCAAUUCCUAGAGAAACCUGGAAGUGAUAUAGGGUAGCUUUGCGAUUUCUAGGGCAUAUCACUUCCAGGUGCUUCCCCUAGAACUGAUGUAGUAAUGUAACCAACGUUGUGCCCCCCACCACACCCACCACGACCCUGCUAGACAGGUCUGGCAAUCCUAGACAGAAACUGAGAUGUUAAAAUCAAAUGAUCUUUUGCUGAAAGAGGAAAACACGAAUAGCAAAUGCACAUUUUCUGAAGAAGCAAUUAAGGACCCAGUUGAGAAACUUAUGAUCCAAACUGAAAUUGAACAGUUAACUAUAAAGCUGGCGUGUAGUCAAAAAUAAGGCAGGAGCUUAAAUGCUGUGAAUUGGGUGGACUUCCAGGACCCCAUCAUUUUAACUGCUGGAAUUCAUUGGUUGGUUCCCCAUCAUGGUUGAAGGUCUAGUGAUGUCAAGGGGCAGGGGAUGGUGAUUUCACAUAGAAUGGCAGCAAAAUAACAGUGAACUGUCAAAGGCUUUCAUAGCUGGAUCAACUGUCUGUUGUGGGUUUUCCAGGCUGUGUGGCCAUGGUCUGGUAGUUUUUGGUUGUAAGGUUUUGCCCACAUCUAUGGCUGGCAUCUUGAGAGACAUGUCAUAGCAAGAUGUGUUUCUCUCCUUGGCACAGUGUGGAAUGGUUGUGUGGGAUGGUAUCAAAAUAACACUUUGGAUUCUGCGUCUUCCUACUGAUAGUUGCAUGCGGGUCAUAAGAACCUGUAGGGAUAGAGGUCUGUGCUUAAGGGAGGUCUGAAUUAAUAUUGGGGCACUGACCAGGAAAUCGUGACUGUUCGAGGGAAACACAACUGGGUAGGGGAACACAACUGAAUCUGGAAUGAGAAAUGGGACAGUUAGUGCAACACACGGCCUAUAAUAUUAAUGGGGCAAGGUCAUCUUAAGUUCUGCCCGAAUUUUAAAAUUGUUCCUCUGCUUUUUGAUCGGGCAGUUUCAAGGCUGUGAAAGUCUUUGAGUUUUACAUGUAUGUAGAGUAUUUGUUUGGACACGGUGAUCACACAUUGGUAAUGUACAAGUUAGACUUCCGCAGUGGGUGAUAUGAGGGGAUGUUGAGGAAGAGCGUUUGGAAACUGCAUCGUGGUCAGAAUACAAAUGCCAGGGAGUUGACUGGCACUGGCAAAACCAAUCACAUCCCACCACUGCUUUUAAGAUCUGCGCUGGAAACAAGAGCACUGCGCUGUUUUUUAAAAAAACUUGCGAAGACACAAGAUUGAACUCUAGUAUCUCUAAAGGCUGUCUGCUCGUAUUCACGAAUUUGCCUCCUCGUCAAGCUUCCUAGAAGUCCUGUGCUAUAUUCCUACCUUGGAGGGCGAGGUGGGUAGCUCCUAGAAAAAAAGGACUUUUCUGUGGUGGCACCCAGACUGCGCUAUCCGCAUUCACCUUAGAGGCCAGCUGAGAAAACUUUUUAGUUUUGCAAGCCUGUGACAGCACUUGAUGGUGUUUUUCUUACAUUUGUGUGUUUAUUCAUUAUUACCUCUGCUGCUAUUUCAUAUUCCUUGCUAUUUUAUUCCAGUGCUUUUGUGCUUGUGCUAUAUGUUUGUAUAGCUCGAGGUAGUUGUUCUAAUCUGUCUUGGGGGCUAGUUUUUGGGGAAAGACAGGAUACAGUUUUUAUGACGGAGAAGGAAGUUUUUUCCUGUGGGAGAUUUUAUAUUAGCACUCAUCAGACAAUUUCACCCUAGGAGUAUCUAGCAGAAUGUAUGGUCAGAAGAAUUCUCCACAAAUCAGGUCUAUUUUUACACUACUUAAUGGGUUAAUGGCCUAUAGUCUGUUUGUUUUGGCUUCAACAAGGAAACAGGCUCCCUGUUAGCUGUCAACAUAUAAUGUAACAGCUGGGGAGCAUUUACAACAUUAGCUAAACUCUAAAGUUUUGGAAAGAAUUUGAAAUACCAAAUAUAUAAAAGGGUACAUAUUAGGGUCACUGACUCUACUUUGAGAAUUUAUUGGAAAUUUGAACAUGGCUGUGUCUGUGAAAGACAGAAUUUAGGGAGAGGAGGGAACUCAGUGGAAAUGUCACUCUAGGAUUUCCAUUUUUUCUAGACUCUGUGGUAUACCAUAGAGUCUGCUUUACAAAUCUGCCAUUUACUCCAGGGGUAAAUCUGCCAUUUACUCCAGUCUGGAGAUCAUACAUAAUUCUGGAAGAAUUCCAGGCUGUACUGGAUGUUGGCAACUUUAGUACUCCGGGGCGGGGGGGGGAUCACAUUUUGUUGACUUUUAUGAGGGAGAAGGAAACAAAGGGAAAUAAAACUUUCAAGGGCUUGAGCAAUUUCCCCUUUGUCAUCCCCCCUCCUAACUGACUCAGUUGUUUUCCACAUUCCAUGCCUCCUACAGCAUGCUCAGUCCUUAUCCCUUUUCAAAAUAUCUGUGUAUCUUUGGAUCCCCCUCUCCCAACUAUGUCAGAAACCUCAGCUCGACUGUGGAUGACCAUAUUUUCAACAGUGGUGCAAGGUACUUAUUUUACUAUCAGAUCUAAUAGUGAAACAAUUUGUGCGAUAGUCUGUUCGUUUUAAAACUGGUCUGCUUUUUAAAAUCUAUGUAAUAAAUUUAACCCAGUCGCAAA